CCUAUAUGAGGUAGUGUGCAGCGCGGCUACGUAGGCGGACUGCUUGCCUGCAACUCCACCAGAGCUCGCAUCCUCACUCCCAUCAUCCAUCCAUUGACUUGCUCUCUCCCCCUCAGCCUCAGCCUUCCCACUCUCGACUACUCAGCAGGCAAUUCGACUUUUCGUCCACGAAUUCAACUCGUCAUAUUGGCUUGGACAGUUCUAUCUACGAACUCGGUCUCUUCAUAUACCAGGAAAUCUUCCGCCCUCCUCUAGCCUAGCUGUCACCACUACACACAAACCGCCAGGAUGUUUAUGGCAAGAUCUGAAUACGACCGAGGCAUCAACACCUUCUCCCCUGAAGGUCGUCUCUUCCAGGUCGAAUACUCUCUCGAGGCCAUCAAGCUCGGCUCCACGGCCAUCGGCGUAGCCACAUCCGAGGGUGUCAUCCUCGGCGUCGAGAAGCGAGUCACCUCGACCCUCCUCGAGACCUCCUCCGUCGAGAAGAUCGUCGAGAUCGACCGCCACAUCGGCUGCGCCAUGUCAGGUCUCCAGGCCGAUGCCCGCUCCAUGGUCGAGCACGCCCGUGUCGAGAGCCAGUCCCACGCCUUCAACUACAACGAGCCCCUCCGUGUCGAGAGCUGCACCCAGGCCAUCUGCGAUCUUGCCCUGCGCUUCGGUGAGGGUGCUGAUGGUGAAGAGACUAUCAUGAGUCGCCCCUUUGGCGUGGCUCUGCUCAUCGCUGGCUUUGACGAGGAUGGUCCUCAACUGUUCCACGCUGAGCCCAGUGGUACCUUUUACCGCUACGACGCCAAGGCUAUUGGCUCCGGUUCCGAAGGCGCUCAGGCUGAGCUACAGAACGAAUACCACAAGUCUUUGACGCUCACAGACGCAGAGACCCUUGUUCUCAAGACGUUGAAGCAGGUCAUGGAGGAGAAGCUCGAUGCCAAGAACGUGCAGUUGGCCAGCGUGACCAAGGAGAAGGGCUUCAGAAUAUACACAGAUGAGGAGAUGGCCACAGUCGUGGAGCGACUGCCGGCCAACUAAGGAUGUUACUCAUGAAUCAAGAGAAAUUACGAAUAGACACAAGAGAAACCCACUCUCGGGUUAUUGACGAGCAUACAAACCACCACAAGCUAGCUCAUCGGGCGAUGUUUUCACGGAGAUUUCGGCCAAAACAUUGAGGGCCUCACAAGAAGAGGGCCGGAAUUAUGUAUCAUUAAUGUAGUAGGGUCACUCGCCAACUGUGGUUCCGCUACACUUCCAACGCUUCUUGAAAUCAAACGAAUAUCGUAAAUAUUGCUUCCGUCCCUUCUCUCCGGUUUUCCAAAUCGCUAAAUGAUACCUGAACUUGAUAUUCGAGGCACUAACCAAAAAGCAGAGCAUACGCUGCAUUAUAAAAAGCUCCAGAAACAUGGUAUCCAUAGCAUAUAACACGCCAGAUCAUGCUAUACCCAGCUUUAAUUGUCAUCCUUAAGAUCGAGAAAUUCGAGAUCUCGCUCAACACUGAGCAGGCCCAUUGCAAGCGAAGCCCGCUCUGCCUUGGGUAUUUGGAUACGACGAACUUCGCCUGUCUCGACUUCGUGAAUGAAUCGAUCGAUCUGCCGUGGGUUCUGCCACCUUGCGACAGGCACUGGCUCGGUCUCUGGGGCACGCUGGUACGGAGGACCGCGACCAAGCUGCGCCGCCUUGAUCCAAGAGGAUUCGCAUCCAGUGGCAAUACGUUCUGCUGAUUGCCAGCCCGUCAAUCGAGUGAUGUCCCUUGUCUUGUCAAAUGUCUGUGACUGGCGAACAUACCUCAAUCGCUGCUACAAAAAGGCAGAAGCAACUCUCGAUGAACGCAGCACUGACAAGAGUUGUGAUCUCCGUGGCCUGUGAGACAUCCUCCGACAAGCCAGCCGCUAUUCUGCCCAGUUUGUUCGAAUAUGGACCUGUCUGUCGUGCUGACAUGCCAGCUGCUUGCAUCGCCGCAGGAGGCAUCGAAGGGUGGCAUCGAACAAGAUUUAUCAUGCCCAUAUAAAAGUUCAUCCAGAUUCCAGCAACAGAAAACGUUCGAUAUUGCAUCGUCAUUCCGAAAGGCGAGUCCCGUUUGUCUGAGAACUCUGGCUUGAGUGGUUGAAACUCUGGUCCUAGGCUGCUCUCAUAUGCUUCAAAGCCCCGCUUGAUGGACUCCCACUCUUUGAGGGCAGCCUGGUAGCUUGCGUCUGCAUCAUGGUCAUCUGUAGAGUCACUCUGCGGUGAUGUCUCACGAGGUGGUGUAAAGCCUCUUGGGACAUGGAACUUUCCAUCCGUAGGAACAAUACCAGGAAAUGAUGGUGGUGAACUGCCACUGGCUCCAGGAGGAGGUCCCCUGGCGAGACUUGCUUUUCGUUUUCUUGAAACAUCUUUUGAAGAGAAAUCUGCAAGCCUGCCAAGUAAAAGCAUCAGAUGAUCAUACGAUCCAUAUCUGUGAACCACGCAUUAGUAGCAAUCGGAUAUAUAUGGUGAAUCCCACUUACAUAGCUUCAAGUUUGGAUAUUGGUGCUCUGGGCGGACACUGAGACCAAGAUUCGUAGUUCAUGCUGUAACAGUAAGCUUCACGAUCGAAAGAAGAACGCGUGAAGGGGGCUUACAAGAGUCUGGUACCUGCCAGCAUGCUCUGAUACACAUCCAUUUUGCAAUACCACCAGAAUAAAUCUCGGAUGUUCUCAUAGUGCUCGAUAUCUCUAUCGGUCACUGUCUGAGAUAGGUCGAUUGGUUGUUUUUCUCCCAGUCCAUAAUCUUCUGCCGUUAUAUGCUGGCCCGAAAUUGCCUGCAACAGGCUGUAAUCCAGGUCAUUGAGUUCGCUCUGAGAGGGGAUACUCAGACCCGGGAAGAAGCUGUCCAUUUGGUUCUGAUUCUGGGCGUCUUUUUCUGCCUGCUUGUAACGCUUGACUGGCAGAUAUUUCCGUGACAUUUGUCUUAGGGGUAUUUCGCUAAACAAGAUUCUGGCUCCAAGAAGGUGAUUGCACCAUUUAGUAUGAUCUGACGACCACACCUCAAAAUACGACAACAGCAGUGUCGCGGCUACCGUUGCAGGUUGUGUUCGUCUGAGGGGUGUGUUGACGUUUCGAGCUAUUCGGCGGAU